GACAUGAGAGGCACAUGUUAAGGGGCACUAAGAAGCUGAAGAGUUGAGCAAAUCCAUCUGGAAAGUGGAGAGCAUCAUGGUUGUAAUCUCAGAGUUUCAGAAGAUCGGUGUGGGUUUGUCAGGCUUCGGUAUAUUCUUCCUGCUGUUUGGAGUGUUGCUGUACUUUGACUCUGUCUUGCUGGCAUUUGGUAACAUCUUGUUCCUGACUGGUCUGGCCUUCAUCACUGGCCUGAGGAGAACGGCUCACUUCUUUUUCCAGAGACACAAGCUCAGAGCUUCCUCCUUCUUCCUGGGUGGUGUGGCUUUAGUGGUGUUCCGAUGGCCACGAAUAGGCAUGCUGGUGGAGACAUACGGAUUUGUGCUUCUUUUUAAGUCAUUCUUCCCAAUGGCUUUUGGAUUUCUUGGAACUGUACUGAACAUGCCAUUUCUCACUGCACUAUUUAAUUCGUCAGGAAGCAGCUCCUCCAUGGUGUAAGAGUUCUCACAUCGAUUGCAACACAGUGAAGCAUGUGAAUACCACCAUACAAUUGUAGAUUCAAUGAUGUGUUGUGUGACGGCUUUUGGAAAACAAUGGACAGAAAAAAACAUAUCCAUGAAGCACACCAUAAAUUCACUUCCAUUUGGCGAAAAUAUCAUUUUCUUUGUCUGUAUGAAAUGUAUAUUAUUUUAAAAAUAUUUUUAUUUGUCUUGUUUUGAAUAAAACUAAUUAUUAUUUUAAAAUCCUGCCCUUUUUCUAUUUAAAU